UCCAGAACAGAACACCUGAAAUCCAUCAUGUUUUCCAAGCUCAGCCACCCUCAGAGCCUUGCUGCUCUCUGCAGAGGUCUCCGUGCUUCGCUGAGUUCUGCUGCCUCAGUUGCUCCCAAAAAAACUGUCCAAGGGUCUCUCACCUCUGAUCUGAUCUUUGAACGGGAGGCUAAGUAUGGUGCCCACAACUAUCACCCACUGCCUGUGGCUCUGGAAAGAGGAAAAGGUGUUUAUGUGUGGGAUGUUGAAGGUAGGAAGUAUUUUGACUUCCUGAGUGCUUACAGUGCAGUUAACCAAGGCCACUGUCACCCAAAGAUUGUGGAUGCUCUGAAAGCUCAGUCUGAAAAACUGACCCUGACAUCCAGGGCAUUCUACAACGAUGUCCUGGGGGAAUAUGAGGAGCUUGUCACCAAAAUGUUCAAUUACAACAAAGUUCUUCCAAUGAACACAGGGGUGGAAGCUGGAGAAACUGCCUGCAAACUGGCUCGGAGAUGGGCAUACACUGUGAAAGGAGUUCCAAAAUACAAAGCCAAAAUCAUUUUUGCAGCUGGCAACUUCUGGGGCAGAACAAUGUCUGCUAUCUCCAGCUCUACUGACCCAUCCAGCUAUGAUGGGUUUGGACCCUUUAUGCCAGGUUUUGAAGUGAUUCCAUACAAUGACCUGCCAGCUCUUGAGAGAGCUCUCCAAGAUCCCAACGUAGCAGCUUUCAUGGUGGAACCAAUUCAAGGUGAAGCAGGUGUGGUUGUUCCUGACAAAGGUUAUCUGACAGGAGUGAGGGACCUCUGCACAAAACACAAUGUUCUGUUUAUUGCUGAUGAAAUACAAACUGGUUUAGCCAGAACAGGGAGAAUGUUAGCUGUUGACCAUGAAAAUGUGAGACCUGAUAUAGUUCUGCUUGGAAAGGCCCUUUCUGGUGGCUUAUACCCUGUCUCAGCAGUUCUGUGUGAUGAUGAAGUGAUGUUGACCAUUAAGCCUGGAGAGCAUGGAUCUACCUAUGGAGGAAAUCCUUUGGCUUGCCGUGUGGCAAUGGCAGCACUGGAGGUAAUUGAAGAGGAAAACUUGGCAAAGAAUGCAGAAAUAAUGGGGAACCUGCUAAGAAGUGAGCUGAUGAAGACACCAUCUAACAUUGUAACUGCUGUGAGAGGAAAAGGGCUGUUAAAUGCCAUUGUGAUUCGGGAAACCAAAGACUAUGAUGCCUGGAAGGUGUGCCUGCGGCUCCGGGACAACGGGCUCCUUGCCAAGCCCACGCACGGAGACAUCAUCCGCCUGGCACCUCCACUCGUGAUUAAGGAGGAUGAAAUCAGAGAGUCCAUUGAAAUCAUCCAUAAGACCAUCCUGUCUUUCUGAAAUCCUGGCUUUGGCAGUCUGUCUCCUGCCUGAUCCAAGGCGGUGUGCUGGAAUACGUGAUGAAGGCUGCUCUUGAAGCAAGCAUCUCUCAUUACUUUGAUGUAAGAGGACUUGACUGUUAAAACAUAGCUGUAUCUUUAAGUUAUAAUGGCUUUAUCAAGACAAUACAGAAUGAUUUAAAAGACUUUCCAGCCUUGGAAUACUUGGAAAGAAA